ACAUUUAAACUGCUGCCUGCCUGUGAAGCAGCUGAGGAACCGUGGAUUUCAUAUUAUAGACUAAAACCCCAGUAAACUGAUCAAAAUCCUUCCUGCAGCUGCCAGGCAACAAUGAAAAAGAGUUAAAUCCUAUUCUUUUCCAAUACAAUCGAAGCACUACAUUCUAGCACUGACUGCUUUACAUUGCAGCUCAGUGUUAUUACUAGAAAUAUGGAUACUGCGAAGAGAAUACAGCACUGCAUUGUCCGGCCAGGAAAACAGCAGAUGUAAAAAGCUUCAAUGCAUCAACUGUCGGAAAGAGUCAACAGUGCUCCAAACAGAACGGACAACUACAGCUCUUUUGUUUAAAGAAAGAGAAAGAAAAUGAAAGGGGAAAACCCUGAAGACUAGGACACAUAUGAACAAGAAAGGUAACUCGAAGGCAAGCAGACAGAUGGACACUUUGGAUACUGUGAAAAGCAAUCGCAGGAGGCAGACUAUUGGGGGAUGUGCGCAUGUUCGAUAGCAUCUUUUUUGCUGAAGUGAUGGCGUGCCAAAAGUAUUUUCAGUGGGCAUAAUCCUCUGCACAUAAAUGGCCUGAUCAAGGAAGAAAGACUUCAAGGAAAACAACGUGACCAAAUUAGAAAAUGAUUACCAAAGAACAGUAUUGAUUUGGGAGAAGAAAACAUUUUCAACCACCAGUAUCUCAUACCCCAUUGCUGGAUAUUUACAACAUGCUUCAGUGGAGGAGAAGACACUGCUGCUUUGCAAAGAUGAGCUGGAAUACCAAGAGGUCUCUGUUCCGUACCCAUCUUAUUGGCAUAGUAUCACUAGUGUUUCUUUUCGCUAUGUUUUUGUUUUUCAAUCAUCAUGAUUGGCUGCCAGGAAAAGCUGGAUUUAAAGAAAACCCAGUGACAUACAGUUUCCGAGGAUUUCGUUCUACAAAAAGUGAGACAAACCACAGUUCUCUUCGGAAUAUUUGGAAAGAAACAGUCCCUCAAACUAUGAGGCCUCAAAUAGCAACUAACUCCAAUAACACGGACAUGUCACUACAAGGAGUUACAGGACUAGAGAACACCCUUAGUGCCAAUGGAAGCAUUUACAAUGAAAAAGGUACCGGACAUCCAAAUUCUUACCACUUCAAAUACAUUAUCAAUGAACCUGAAAAAUGCCAGGAGAAAAGCCCUUUUUUGAUACUACUCAUAGCUGCAGAACCUGGACAAAUAGAAGCUAGAAGAGCUAUUCGGCAAACUUGGGGCAAUGAAAGUCUAGCACCUGGUAUCCAAAUCACACGCAUAUUUUUGCUGGGUGUAAGUAUUAAGUUAAAUGGCUACCUUCAACGUGCAAUACUGGAAGAAAGCAAGCAAUAUCAUGACAUAAUUCAACAGGAAUACUUAGAUACAUACUAUAAUUUGACCAUUAAAACACUAAUGGGCAUGAACUGGGUUGCAACAUACUGUCCACAUAUUCCGUAUGUUAUGAAAACUGACAGUGAUAUGUUUGUCAACACUGAAUAUUUAAUACAUAAAUUACUGAAGCCAGACUUGCCUCCCAGACAUAACUAUUUUACUGGUUACCUAAUGAGAGGAUAUGCACCCAAUCGAAACAAAGACAGCAAGUGGUACAUGCCACCAGACCUCUACCCAAGUGAGCGCUACCCUGUCUUCUGCUCUGGAACUGGUUAUGUUUUUUCUGGAGAUCUGGCAGAGAAGAUAUUUAAAGUUUCUUUAAGUAUCCGUCGUUUGCACUUGGAAGAUGUGUAUGUGGGGAUCUGUCUUGCCAAGCUGAGAAUUGAUCCUGUGCCCCCUCCCAAUGAGUUUGUGUUCAAUCACUGGCGAGUUUCUUAUUCAAGCUGUAAAUACAGCCACCUAAUUACCUCUCAUCAGUUCCAGCCUAGUGAACUGAUAAAAUACUGGAACCAUUUACAACAAAAUAAGCACAAUGCCUGUGCCAACGCAGCAAAAGAAAAGGCAGGCAGGUAUCGCCACCGAAAACUACACUAGAAAAAAGACACUUUGUUUUCAAAUGUGCAAUCUGUAACAUAAUGCUAAAAGCAUGAUAGUUAAAACUGAUUACAUCCAUAGGACAAGUUUCAGUUAAAACUCAUCACAUAAAGUGAUUCAAAAAUAUUUUUUUAGUAUCUGAAGGAAAUUCUUAAACUACAUUAUAGAACAAAAAGGUGUCCCAAAAGAAUUAUCAAAAAACUGUAAAAGAGGAUUCUGUGUAAUAACAUGCAAUAAUAAGCAUGCAUACAUCAAUGGUUCGAGUCUUAUGUUAGAAGCCAAUAAAAUGUAUUUGCUUCUAUUUUCCAGGUGCAGUUUCAAUUUAAGAAAAACUGUGAAAAGAUCCUUCAUCUUAUAUUCAGUUUUCAGUAUACAAUUAAAUGUAAAUAAAACAUUACUGUCAAUUUUAGGGAACUUUGUGAUUGUACAAAGGACAAAUUUUCUGACCUGACUAUUCUAGGGUUAUAAAAACUAUAUUUCAGGCAAUAAGACUUAGUUGAAUUGUUCCAUAAACACAUUUAUAAAGUUCAGGCGUUUCAUCAAUGCAAUUCUCAUCCAAGUAUUUACUUUUUAAAUGCAAACUGACAUUUUAUUAAUACUCACAUAUAUUGGGGGAAAUUAUUUUGACAUGAUGUGAUAAAAUGUGAAAAAAAAUCAAUGUGUCUUAGGGUCAAGUUUUACAAAGAAAGUUUAAAAAAUAUGUAUCUUGCCUCUGAAUUGGUGGCAAGGCCAACCCAGUCUUUUCAAUGAGUUAUUCAAUUAGAUCACUAACUGCCCUCUUAAAAGACUACUGCCACUUAGCUUCAAGUGUAUCUAUAAAAUAUAACAGAAGCAAAAGUGUUACUUACAGGCACAAGGAAAAUGUAAUGUUGAAAAAAAAGUAAGGGAUAGAAUGAAUGCAGCAGCAGCAGUUUUCAUUCAACGUAUUUUUAAGAUGCAUGUCUGCCAAACUGCAACAUAUGGGAAGUUUAUUUCCUGACAGCAGGUGUACACAUGCCAAUACUUAAUCAUUUUAUGGCACCUAUUUCUUUCUCCUGAGUGCCAAGUUUACAAACCUGCAGUUUUUAAUUUGGUGGAUGACAAAUACCCUGCAUCACCAAUUAAAACCCUUUUUGGGAAGGAUGGGGGUAAAAAUACAAAUGUCUGAUGAACACUUGAUUCUAGAACAAUGUGACAAUGCACUUUUAUCAAGUUUUUAAUAAAAAAGGUAAACAAAAGGCUUUA